AUGAAAUUCAAGUGAUGUUUUUGUUAAGAAAACUUUUAUUAAAUCUAUGUACAAGUAAAUAUUUAAUUCAAAGUAGAUCCAGCCCAAUUUGGCCAUUGCUGAAAUCAACACUCUUUAUUUCAAUCUUUUAAUGGUUUACCGAGAAAUGCAGAAGGUGCUAAGAGCCUACGGCGAGGUGCUACGGCUGGUGCGCCGCCUGCCGGAGGAUAGCAGGCCUUACUACGCCAAAUUCGCCCGUGAAAACUUCGUCAAUUAUCGAGAAGUCGACCCCAAAGACGCUGCCGCCGUCCAAGACCUCCUACGCCGCACCUACAAUCAUUCUCUUUGGGUCCUCAGCAAGUAUGGUGUGGAUGAAUCUGUGGCAGGAAAGCUUAAGGAAUCUGCUCUGCUUGAUCGGUUUGGCUUCUGCCCACCAACUCUAGUGGAGAUCGGAAUUCCAUACACACUAGAGAUCAUGGAAGACAACAACUACUUCAUCUGGGACAUCUUCCAGCAAUACAACCAAUCCGACCGGAAACAAGUCGAAGUAGCCACGGUUUUUAUCCGACAAUACGACGGCGCGGAGGCAAUAACUUACAGCGAACAAGUCAACGUCAGCGCCCUCUUCUUACAAGGCUACCAAGGCAACCUGAAAUGGGAGUACACCUCUAUCCUCCACCACGAGCUCACGCAUGUUUUCCAGUGGGACGGCGAGGGGAAGGCGCCGGUGGGGCUGGUGGAGGGGGUGGCCGAUUACAUGAAACUGGUGUCGAACUACAAUCAAAAGGGAUCCGCGUCGCGGGGGAUGGGAGAGAGGUGGGACCAAGGGUAUGACUUCACGGCGAGGUUUUUGGAGUAUUGUGAAGAGCUGAGGUCAGGAUUUGUGGCAGCGUUGAAUAAGAAGAUGAGUUCCUUUUAG